CUGAAACUUUGGACCAACCUCUCAUCAUCUCCAGGUCCAUCACAACAACAAGAACAUCAGUUUUUUUAGAUUCGCGAAAGAGUUUUGACUUCUUACUGUGAGGUUUUUAUAAUUUAAUAGCGGAAGAAGAUUUUUGGAAGAUGAGAUCCUACAAAAUUAGCGUUUUGUUGGGAUUACUUUUAUUAUUAUGCUUUGGUUUUUGUAUGAUUAACGGAGAGGCUUCCGUUGAUUCAGUCGAAGCUUUGGAAGGUAAUUUAUUGGUAACUGAUGAUGAUAUUGCCUCCUCGAGAAGUGAUGGUGCUGUAAAUUUAUAUGCUCACCUUGAUAGUGCUAUUCUUGGAAAGGGUUUGCCAGCUCUGCAAAAGAAGUAUAAGAAAUCCAUCAAGAAAAACAAGAAAAAGACCAAAUCCUAUGCUCCAGCCAAUAAGAAAUUCUUCAAGAAGACUAAAUCCUCUUCAGUCACCAAGAAAAAGAAGACCAAGUCCUCUCCUUCAUCAAAGAAGAAAAAGAUCAAGUACUCUAAGAAGAAUAAGACAACCAAGACUUCUUCUCCACCACAAGCAACAACAACAACUUCAACAACCACAACAACUAAAAAACUCACCUCCCUUCCACCUAAAGUUGCCGCAGUUGCCAAGCUCUCUCCUCGUCGUUGGAACAUUUUAAAGAACAUUUUUAGUAUUUCAAUGCUUGGUGGUCCAGCUUUCCAUCCAUUCAAGAAUGAAAUGAUCUUUGUUUCAUCUGCUUCUGGAGUUUAUCAAUUGUACAAGGUUGGUAUCAAUAGAAAGAAGGGAAAGAUUACUGGUAAGCCAAUUCGUCUCGUUCAUACCAAGUCUAGAUGUUCUGCUCCAAGAUAUCUCCACGAUGGUUCAAUUCUCUAUUAUCAUGAUCGUGGUGGUAAUGAAAACUUCCAAAUUGGUCUCAUUACACCAAAGGGAAAGCACAUUUGGUUGACCGAAGACUUGAAGGCCAAACAUUUGAUCAAUCGUGUUACAAAGAACUAUCUCUACUAUCAAUCCAAUUCUCGUAACAAGAAAUUCUUUGAUUUGUACAGAAGACCAAUGCCACUCGUUAAUAAGGAUGGCUCUCUCAUCAAGGCUGAACGUCUCUACACUCCUGAAGUUGGUAUUCCACGUGUUACAUUGGUAUCCUCUGAUGAAACUCAACUUGUCAUUGAACAAAAGUAUAGCAACAUUCACAAUGAAUUAUUCUUGAAGGAUUUGGUUGACGGUACAUUGACUCCACUCACAAAAUCACUUGUUCCCGGUAUGGCAAAGGUUAGAUGGUCUCCUCUUCGUUUCUUGAAUCGUGGUCACACUAAAAUGUUAAUUUCUACUGAUUACAAGUCUGAUUUCAAGAGAUUGGCUAUUUUAGAUUUUGAAGGAGAUAUCAAAUCCAAUCCAGCCAAAUUUAUUGCUUUGAAGGAAAUGGAAACUCUCAAACAUGAUAUUGUUGGUGUUAUGGGUAAUUCUCGUACCAAGUGGACUUAUAUUGAAUUGAAUCAAGAUGGUUACAGCAAGUUGUAUAAGGCCAAACUUGGUCCACAGGGAUUCAAGACACCUCUUAUUCCAGUUCCAUUACCAUUAGAAAAUGGUGUAAUUGUUCACGGUGAUGCUCGUUCAUUUGGUCACAGUUCUUCCAUUACUCAUGAUGGUAAUUUGAUGGCUAUUACCAUGACCGAUUCUGUUCGUCCAGUUAACAUUUUCAUGCUCGAUCUCGAUCCAUACAAUGUCAGAUUCAAUAAGAAGGCAAAGGAAGUUAAGAAAUUGCAAGAGCAACAAAAGGAAAAGAAGGAAAAUGAUCCAACCACUUCAACUCUUGUCACCAAAGAAAAGUUCAAACAUAUUGCCAUGUAUUGGACUCUCCUCAAUGAUCGUCUUCCAGGUGCUCUCAAGGAUUAUGAAAACAAAUUCUCCACUGAAAAAUUGAUUAGUGUAAGCAGCUUUGAUGGUUUGAUGAUUCCAUUCUUUGUAUAUUCCCCAGUUGGUGAUGAACCAGAAGGUGGAUGGCCAGCAAUUAUCAAACUUCACGGCGGUCCUGAAAGUCAAAGCAGACCAGUCUUUAGUCCAUUGAUUCAAUUCUUGACACUCUCUGGAUAUGCUGUUGUUGUUCCAAAUGUUAGAGGUUCAAAGGGAUAUGGCAGAAAGUAUUUGGAUGCUGACAAUGUUGAAAAGAGAAUGCACGCUGUUAAGGAUGUUGCUGCUAUUGCUACAUUCUUGCAAAGAUAUAAGGGUAUUAACGGAAACAAGUUAUUCUUGGGUGGUGGUUCUUAUGGUGGUUAUCUCACUAACUUGUGUAUGACUCAAAUUCCACAAUAUUUUAAGGGUGGUAUUUCUAUUGUUGGUAUGACUAACUUACUCACCUUCUACAAGAAUACUGCUGAAUUCAGAAGAAGGCAAAGAUAUGAAGAAUAUGGUAACUACCACACUCAAAAGGACUUCCUCAAGAGCAUCUCACCAGUUACUUAUAUUGACAAUGUUGUUGCACCAAUGUUCAUCAUUCAAGGUAAGAAUGACGAAAGAGUUCCUGCUGAAGAAGCUGAAAAUUGGUAUAACAAGCUCUUGCAAGAAUCUAAGAAACCAGGCAAGUCACAACUCAAACACAGCAAGCUAGAGCUCUUUGCUGAUGAAGGACACGGUUUCUCCAAUAGAAACAAUAGACUCAAGGCUUAUCAUGACUUGGUUGACUGGUUGAAUUUAAUCUUGAACGAACAACCUGAAGCUCCAAAACCAGCCGCUUCCACUGUUAGUAAAUAAACAUUCGUGUGAAUUAGCUCUACAAUUUCUUC